CCACCAUGCCAGGCUCAAUGUCGACGGCGAGGGUCCCGGCGGACAGGAUGAGCAACGUCGUCGUGGCCGCAGCCGGACUUCUCUUCCUGGCUUCUGCCUAUCAGCUCCUCGCUGCUCCGUCCAGCUCCUCGCCUUCAUCAUCGUCGAAGUUGAAGUCGUCGCAGUCUUCGAAGACUGGUGACGGCGAGAAAGCAAAGGAGCCAGCAACAUCUUCCGUGCAUGAGAUCACUUACGCUACGACGCCCGACAUGUGUUCCCAGCCACCCCAGCACCUCAAGGCGCCGCAGAACAGACGCAUGACGGUCCGGGCAGGAGCAUUGCUCAAGCUCGUCGACAUUGCCGCCGGCGUGGCCGCGCGACGGCACGCGGGCGGUAGCUGUGUCACCAUCAGCGUCGAUGCGGUUCUGCUCCUCAAGCCAGUCUACCUUGGCGAGCUCAUCCACCUCAGUGCGAGUGUCAAUCGUGCGUGGGGAACAAGCAUGGAGAUUGGCGUUCGGGUCACAAAGGAGCCUGCGCCAGAUUCACUUGAGGCCGGCUACGGCCACGGCAGACAGAGGAGCAACCGGCAGUACGUGAGCCAUGCAUACCUGACCUUUGUCGCCAUCAACCCUCAGGCCCUCGCGUCUCCUUCGCGCCAGUGGAAAGCACCCAAGGCACACCCAGGCGUCAACACCGGGAGCGCCAGUGCGGUCAAAUCGCGCGAAGAGUCCUCCCAGCUUGGACGUCUGUGGCGUUACUUGACUUUCAAUCCGCUCGAGAAGGGCAAGCCACCGCCAAAACCGGUCCUGGUCCCGAUUCGACCGCGGACCAAGCUCGAAGCCCGCCGACACCUUCUCGCGGGCCGCAGGCGAGCUAAGCGCAUUGACGACGCCAAGCGCGGUGAGGCGAGGGACGGCGUCAGCGUCGAAGUGAAACAGCGAGUCAGGACAGAGGUCCUUGACAUGGAAGAGGAGCGGACGCGCAAAGGGAGCGCUGCGGGUGGGGGUGACCAGCCAUCGAGCGCAGUCGCCAGCGGGAUCGCCACGCCUGUUGAGCAGACGGUACACAGACAGGCUCGCGAGCUCAGGGCUCUCGAGGAGGAGUUUGUCGUGAGAGCAUGGGCGACUCAUGAACCGGGUGUGACGCUUUCAAACGGCGUUGUCCACGUCUCGUUGCCCGGCGACGCACCGUUUCAACUCCCCGAGACAGACGUUCGCGCGGCAGCAGACCGGCUCAAAAUCGUCUUGCCCGACAAUAUUCCGAGUCAUACUACUGCCCCUGCUGCGCCGACCUCGCCCAUCGACAAACGAAUAGAUUUCGAGCGGCGGGAGUCUCUCGAGUUCUUGUCGCCUGACGCAGCUCCUGAGACCCCAACCCUUCAGCUCGACAAUGCCUUUUCUUCCUCGUCCUCUUCCUCGAUCCACGUCUCGGCGACACAGACGACGUCGAUGCAUAUCGUCUUUCCCGAGCACUCCAACUCGCACGGCAUCAUCUUUGGCGGAAAGACGAUGGAGUGGAUGGAAGAGGUCGCCAUUCUCGCUGCGCGCCACGUCGGCCGAGGUCGCGGGUGGAGCACCGUCGCCAUGGACGGGCUCGAGUUUGGCGUGGGCGUGGGUGUAGGCGAGCUGAUGAUCCUGACGGCCAUUGUCAUCAAGACGUACACGAACUCCUGCGAGGUCUACGUGAUUGCGCAGGCCGAGGACUCGUCGGGUAGGCGGCGCUUCACAAACGACGUCCUCUUCACUCUUGCCUCGGGUGCCUCUGCCUCUCCUUCCUCGUCGUCGUCAGCGUCACUACCGAAAGUGAGGAUCGAAGAGGAGGAAGAGGGAGAUGAGACACCGAUGGAGCCGCUCAAGUACGUCAAUAUGGACAGAGAUACCGCCUUGAAGCGAUUUGCAGCCGUGGCAGAUCGCAGACGCAUCGGCAGGCUAGAGAUGCGUGACAUGCUCGUGAGAGUGUACGGUCAUUAGAAAGGGCCAAGGAGACGAUGAGGCAAGAUGUAAGAGUAAUUAUGAUGACAGUGAUUGGGGUGAUUGAUGAAAGGAGGCGUAAUGGUACAAUUUGUAUAUGGU